AUGCAUUCUUCAAGUCGUCUUUCAUCUUUGUCAAAUAUUGAAAAUGAUAUUAAUAAUAAUAAUAAUAAUAAUAAUAAUAAUAAUAGGGAAUUUAAACGUAUUCUAUUUCCUAUUCUAUCAAAAAAUAUAUCCCCACUUCGACCAUCAAUAACAAGUGCAUCAUAUCGUGAUACAAAACAAUAUGAAGCUUUAUUUAGCGAAAGUUGUGCACAAAUUCAAGAACAAAUAAUUCAUCAUCGUUGGCCAUUUUGUCCAAUUUAUUUAUUACAUAUUAAUACAUAUUGUCAUAUUGAUUAUUUUGCUAUACCAGCUGAAAUAGCUCUUGUUGAAACAACAUUUUGGCCACAAUUAUAUGAAAGUAAUAUUGAUGUACAAUCAAUGAAUAUAACAAAAAAAAUUAAUGAACAUUAUGAACGUCAUUCAAAUUUAUCAAAACGUUUUUGUUUAAUUACGGAUGAUUUUCAUGAUUUUGUUCAUCCAGGUGAUCAAUUACCAACUGGUUAUCAAGCAGAUAUUCUCGAACAUUCAAGACGAACUCAUGGUUUACCAUGUACCCCAUAUGAAAAAAUUGGUACACAAGAUUAUAAUCAAUUAUUAGAUGAUUUAAAUGAAAUGCUUGAUUCAUUAUGUGAUUUUCGUAAUAAAAUUCAUAAUGAACCAAUGCCAAUGUUUUGUACAAUGGAAUCAUUUUGGUCAACAAAAGCUGCACUUGAUUGGCUUUAUGAUCAACCAUCAACACGAGAUCGUAAUGAUGAUUAUACAUUAUAUCCAAUUGAAGCAUUAAUUGCUGUUAUUUGUGAAAAUUUCUAUAAUCAAGUUCAAUUUAAAUGUGAUCUUGGCGUGUUAAUGGGUAAAACUCCUCAACAACCUGUACUUCAUUCUCGUGCAUGUGAUUAUCAUGCUAUACUUGAGAAUAAAUAUUGUGCUAUGGCUCAUGUUCGUGAUUUAGCAAAAUAUUAUAUUUCAUUAAUGGCUUAUUUAUUCUAUACAUAUUGUGAUCAUAAUUCAUCAACAUUAUUACCUUAUAUAAAAGUAACAUAUCAAGGUAAUUUAUCACUACAACAAGAAGCAUAUUGGUCUGGUAAAAAAAAUGAUCAAUAUAAAAAAAUAACAAAUGAUAAUUGUUUAACAUUUAAUGGUACUUUAUUAUCAUCAUUGAAUAUAAAUUCAAAUGAUAAAUCAUUUGAUAAUAAUAAAAAUUCAAUUAAAAUAAAAAAAUAUGAAUAUAAUCGAAACAAUUCAAUAAGUAUGUAA